CUUGUUUAAACUUUUGAAAACAUUGUGCUGUUUUCAAAACUUUUUUUUCAAAAUUGAAGAAUAAAUAAUCACAUAAACACAAAAAAGGACCGUGAUAUAUUAUCAUGGCACCAAAAGCGCAAUUUACACUAGAGGAAUUGACCAAGAUUGCCUUAGGCGCGCCAGAACUGACCACUACGAGUAUCCACGUACUUCAUAGGCUCAUUGAUGUGAUACUCAAGAAACUUGAUUGUCAGAACGAUACGGUUUCGAUUAAGGGCGUGGAAUCCGACUGCUUGGCUGAGCUGUUGAACAAAUCCAAGUCAGCGCCAAUCACCUUGGACGAUACACAGGUAUCAAUUAUUGGGCCGAAAUUGUACGCUAUCAUAGAGCUGGAAAGGUCAAUCGACGAAGUGAAAUCGAAGCUUGAUAAUCAUAUACAAACUGCUAGAAAGUUUGGUCACUUGUCCCAAAUGAAAUACGACUUAAAAGAUUGGGAGAAUUUUAAACAUAAUGCAGAUAGUACAUGUAUACCAUGUGUUGAAGAGAACACCUUGGCCUGCUAUAUGAUUGGUAAUAUAGACUUCCUCAAAAAGCUCCAACGGCGUAUAGCCGAGCCCAUGAUCUUAAAUCUAUUUGAAUUUGAGCAAGAAAUCAAAGACCUCAGUGAAGAUAUGAAUCAGUUGAUUGCCAAUGCCUCAGCCAAUUUGGAAAAACUGGCUUUGAUUGAAGGUUGUCUGCGCGCCGUUGAGGAUCUGAAAGAGCAGAUUGAACAACAUAAUUUGCGGUUUCUGGGCACCAUGGAAGAGGUGCAGGAUAUAUUGGAUUUUAAAUUGGAUAAAUUGCAAAUUCCUGCACUUAAACGCUACGUGACCAUCAACCUAAGCCGCAUUGAAGCACACAUAGGGGUCAUACAAAAUACGGUUGACUGUCCCAAGCCGCCAGGCAUCAUCAGUAGUGGUCUGCGUUGUCUGUCGUGUGGCGAUCGACAAGUUUGUGCUGAGAAAGGCGUUCAUGGCAUGAGCCUGCUACCGGAUGCACAUGCCUUUAUGACGGUGCGCUUGCCUAAAGUGUGCAAAUGUACGAAAAAAUCUUUGAAACUGGCAUUAGGUCGAAAGCAGACCCUCUUAAAUUCAAAUAUUAUUCCUGAGCAGAUCAGAAGAACACAAACAGCUUCAGAAAUGCCUACCACAAGUCUUUACAUGGAUAAUUGUAAAGCUAUUUGCAUUGAGAAUUUCAGUUUGUUCGAAGGCACCGAUGGGAACUUGUAUCGCAAAGGUUAAGGACUCUCACAGUUGUGCAUGUGUAAGCACAAUACA